AUGGGCGUCCGGAUCGCGAUACGGGAACAACUGGCACUGCUUGUCGUCCUGGCCGUCCUUGUGGCCUUGAUGAUAUUGUCAGUGCCCGUUUGGAUCUAUGUCAACAGCUUCGUCAUCGAUGUCGAGAGCAACCAGCUCGCCCUGACGGCCUCGCUGAAGGCCUCGCGCAUUUCCAGCGAGCUUGAGUUGGUCCAGACUAACUGCCUCACAAUAUCCUCGCGGCUGUUGAUCCAGCGCUCUAUUUACGACUUUUACAACGGCAAUCAGACAGAGCAAAAUUGGGAAAUAGCCAAAGCCGACCUCGAGAGUGCUCUCUCCGUCGGCUCGCUCAGUGGCCUUCUGCAAGGCCGCAUCUACUCACGAAACUCGACCGGCAACAACUAUGGACUUGUCAAUGUCACGGGUGCUCGCGUCAAUGAGACCCCGAUCGAACUGCCCUACCGUGGGCCCGACAACCAGCCUGUGUUCCUCAGCGACACGGAGGAGGGAUACCCUCCAGAGCUCUAUCCUAAUAUCACCUACAUCGAUCUUGGUCGUCCCAGCCAGGUUCGACCAGGGGAGCGUGCCUACAUCGCCGAAGCAUUUCAAGGUGUUCGCAUUUCUACGAACGGCGGCUUACUGCUUGGGCCGCUUAUCCUCAACGAGACUUUUGCUCUCAUGUCCAUCUCUGUGCCGAUUCGAGACCAGCGAGAGAAUAACUUUGUGAUUGGAUACAUUACGCUAGUGUUCACGUCGAUAUCGCUGCUCGAAGUCGGCAAGUCUCGAGAAGGGUUGGGCGACACGGGCGUCGUAUUGGUGGUCGGUCCUACAAGCCCGACCAACCGGUUCGACAUUACAAACCCUGUCAGCAACGCUACCUUCCUCCCUGACAGAGACAGGUUUGGGGACACACCUGUGCAGUUCAUCUUGCCGCCUCAACCUGUCGCCGGUCAGGCCGACCGACACAGCGAUCGUAGGUAUUUGGAUGGCAACAACAUGGAACCUUUUGCCAUCGAAAAGUUCCCUGCCGUACUCGACUCCUUCUCCAAGCGCUUCGACACGGUCAACAAUGCCAGCUCUAUGCUCUCGACGCACAAUGAACAGAACGUUCCCGUCGCUGUUGGUUUUGCACGGACUAACACGCCUCUUGUUAACUGGACCGUUGUCGUCGAGCAAGCAAAGUCAGAGACAGAUGCGCCCAUUUCGACACUUCGCAACAUCAUCUUGGGGUGUGUCUUUGGCACCGCCGGUUUGUUUAUCAUCUUUAUUUUCCCUUGCGCCCACCUCAGCGUGAUGCCCAUUCGCAGGCUCAAGGCUGCCACCGAGAAGACCGUGGCGCCACCUGGCUAUGAGGAUGGCUAUUAUGACUGCGACGACGACGACAGCCCGGGGUCCGGUGCCAUCUCUUCACGUUCGCAGAGGUCCAAAAGGGAUGGUCUCGCAGUGGCUCUCCUCAAGCUGGUGGGAUACAAACCAAAAGAAAAGUCGCCUUCCGAGCACGAACGCGAAUCGACGCGCAGAAGUUUCAAGAUACCUGGCAAAGUCGAUGAUCGCAAGCACUUCAUCUCAGACGAACUCACCGAGUUGACGCAGACUUUCAACGACAUGAGCGACGAACUGGUAAAGCAAUACUCAUCACUUGAUCAAAAGGUCGCGGAACGAACCAGAGAACUUGAGAUCAGCAAGAAGGCAGCUGAGGCUGCCAACGAGAGCAAGACGCUAUUCAUUGCCAACAUCUCACACGAGCUCAAGACGCCCCUGAACGGCAUUUUGGGCAUGUGCGCCGUCAGCAUGGAGGAGACAGACAUCACCAGGAUAAAGCAAAGCCUGAAGACGUUGUACAAGUCAGGCGACCUACUGCUCCAUCUCUUAGAGGAUCUCCUCAGUUUCUCCAAGAACCAGAUUGGCCAGCAACUAGCCCUUGAAGAAAGGGAGUUCAGAUUGGCUGAUAUCAGAACGCAAGUGCUGUCCAUUUUCGACAAACAGGUGCGGGAAGGCCGUAUCGCCCUCUCUGUUGAUUUCCUGAGUUCCGAGGUCGUCGAGAUCAAUCCUGGCGUGGACAGAACCAGUGCAGAGAAGAAGCUACCCGCCCUCGGUCCCCACGGCAUGGGACGACUCAAAGACAUGUGUCUUUGGGGCGAUCAACACCGAAUUUUGCAAGUUCUCAUCAACCUCGUCAGCAACAGUCUCAAGUUUACACCAGCGGAAGGCCGGGUAGAAGUGAGAAUCAGGUGCAUAGGCGAGGUGGAAACCCCGGUUGGCGGCGACGACAGCCGCACAUCGUCCUUCUCCAAAGACUCGAGACGAUUCGGUAGAUCGCGUCACAGGCUGAACUCGAGCUCGGUCCACUCGGCCAGCUCCAAGGCGGGCUCUACAUCAUCGCAACAAAUCCAGAAUGCUAGUUACAAGGGCACAGCACUUACGAUCAACCCUGCUGAUCCGAAGGCCACACCGCAUGUUCAGAUACGAGAACGGUCGCCCACACCACCGCCCCCGGGCGCCAAGCAAUUCAUGUUCGAAUUCGAGGUUGAGGAUACCGGCCCUGGUAUUCCAGAGAACAUGCAGCAGAGGGUCUUCGAGCCUUUCGUGCAGGGCGACCUGGGCCUAAGCAAGAAAUUUGGCGGCACCGGUCUUGGUUUGAGUAUUUGUCAUCAGCUGGCGACCCUCAUGGGAGGUUCCAUCUCUUUGAGGAGCACCGUUGGAGUAGGCACAACGUUCACGAUGCAGAUUCCCCUCAAGUAUGUGAGGGACAGAGCGUCCAGCACUGCAUCCAGCAGCAUCAAGUCAAGGCCACCUAGUCUAGAUCUCAUCGACGGAGGUAUAGACAGCCCCCAAAGGAAGAGCGUAACUGGCAACUUGAUCGCACCAGGUGACGACAUGGAUCCGAUUCAGCCCGGUCAGGAGACGACGAGACUUGUGGGUUUGCGGCAACCUUUCUUCCCAGCAUCUCCGACACCGAAGCCGACCAGCAACACGAAAGAUCAGAUGGACGCCAUUAAGCGCGCCAUCGCGAAUAAAAACGGCAAGGGCAAACUGCGAGUCUUGGUCGCCGACGACAACUCGACCAAUAUCGAGGUCGUCAGUAAGAUGUUGAAGCUAGAAGAGGUCUACGACGUGACGAUCGCCAAAGACGGCCAGGAAGCGUACGACCUGGUCAAGGCCAACAUGGACGAAAACCUCCGUUUUGAUGUGAUUUUUAUGGACGUCCAGAUGCCUAACCUUGACGGUCUGCAGUCAACCAAACUCAUUCGCAAAAUGGGUUACAAGGCGCCCAUUGUGGCGCUGACGGCGUUCUCGGAGGCCAGCAAUGUGAAGGAGUGCAUGGACAGUGGUAUGGAUGAGUUCUUGAGCAAGCCGAUCCGGCGUCCAGCGCUCAAGCAGGUGCUCAUGAAAUUCGCCACCAUUCCCGAAGAAGAGGCAGAAACGUCAAGCUUGACGAGAAACACGACGCCGGAAGACGUCAUCCGGGAAAAACCAGUGGCACAUGAAGCUCCGACAAACGGAGCCGCGACCACGCCAAAAGAUCCGGAGAAGGUGAACGGGGCACCAAGGUGA